AUGGAUCGUCCACGUCGUUCAGCUCGAGCACCUCAGCAGGCCAACAGGCUCCUCUCAGCCUCUUCGACCAGCAGUCCAGCUCCGACCCCGACUGCACCUUCGACUGCUGCCUCUCCUUCUCGUCCCUCUCCACGAGUAGGAGCGCGAAGCUUGACAGAUGCUCCAGCCAGUCGAUCGCCCGACGAAUUUCGACGCGCCAGAAGGGUAGCGGGAAGAUCAGGCUCCAGAUCAGCCAAUGACUCCAACUCGAUUUCCCCUUCUGCUUCCCUCUCUCCUCAAAUGUCCAGGCUUCCCUCCGCUCUAGCUACCGACUACUCCAACGCACGCGAUGCCGCCAAUAUCUCACAAAAUGAACAGCAACGCGCCGACCCGCAGCAAUCACAAUCGCAGUCGCAAUUGCACGCGCCAGCGCCAGCGCCAGCGCCGGCUCAGGCCUACGCGACAAGUGCGAAAGCAGCUUCUGAUGUUCAAGGACUUUACAGCAGUCCCUACAUCUCUCGAGCCUCGCAACUCCUGUCCAAGGGACAAAGAUCCAUCCUUCCUCCCAACGGGGUCGCAGCAUACGCACCGCUCCCUCGCGCAAGCACCACUUACAAUUCUCUGCAAGUCGGCGGCAACGUCUCUGUGGUGCGAGGUCAAGCUCUUGGUGGGACUUUUCCUGCUAGAAUGGCGAUUGGGACGAGCGGAUUGAUGAGACCUUUGUCUGCGGCCGAGAUGGAAGGUGCGGCGAGUGAUGAGAGAGUAGGCGGAGGCGGCGGCGGAGGAGGAGGAGGAGGAGGCGGAGGUGCGGGUGGUGCUGGCAUGUCUUCUUACGGAUAUGGCUCCGGAGUGACGGGAGCGAGAUCCAGCGGAAGAGCUUCUACGCGCGCCAGACCGACUUACUACGAUGCUCCAUCCAGCGAUUUUGAUGAUGAGGAUAGCGAUGAGGAGAUCCAGCAUCAAGCAAGAGGAACGAAAGCGAGGGGAAAGAAUAAAGAGGUGGAGGAGGAUGAGGAGGAACAUGAACAGGAAGGCGAAUGGCUAGGUGUGCCACCUCCCGCUAGCAAGCUGUGGGCUACGCCUGCGCGCAAGCGAAUGCUGCCUUACUUGUGAGUCCUUUAAAGUAGCAAGACGUCGUUUGCAUGGAUCAGUGCAUUCAAUCAACCUCGCUCCCCCAACGUUCUCGCCUGAUCCUCACCCCAUUGAACAGCCACGAGACGGACGUGGCCCGCCUCACGCGAGAGAGGGAACAGCUCAUUCCGAUCAGUUUGGAAGCUCAAACCUCGACUCAUCGCAUCAACGAUGUGAUCCUUUGGAACCUCAAGGAGAGGCUUCUGAGACCCGAAACUUUCGUGGCUGGUUUCCUGCACGAUCUCGGUCUGGAUCCGGUGCCUGGAACACCGAAUGAGUUUGAGAAUGGUGAGCUGGGUAGAGCGCUGGUAGAGAGCAUCAAGAGGCAAUUGGGGCAGGCCGAAGUUACACAUGGAGGAGCGGUGUGGGAUGAAGAUGCGGACGAGAAGUGGGACGACGGAUUGGAGGAUGUGUUUCAAGCAGGCGGCACCCAUUUGGAAGAGCACCGCACGCCGGAGGUUGGGGAUGAAGAUGAAGAUGAAGAUGAAGAUGAGCUGGGUGAGGUUGCUCGCAAGCGAAGGAAAAAGGCUGCGCUCGCCGAUCUACCCGAGAGCGAGUUACAAGAGGAUGAUAUGAGGGUGAUUGUGGAGGUGAGUUGAUCGUCAGCGCAUAUCAUGCCUUCUGCUUCGCAUCCUCGUAACCCCCCUAAGCUGACUCGGUCCCUUUGCGACACCUCGGACUCGUGUUCUUUGAUGCAGUACGAAGUGCCGAUCCUGUCUUCGUACCUUCAAGAUAGGCUAGAGUGGGACCUUCGCUCAUCACUCACGCCCGAAGUCUUUGCUUCUCGCUUGGCCAAAGAUCUAGGUUUGACGGGAGAAGCUCUUCCGCUCAUCAGCGCUAGUAUCAGGGAACAGCUGUUGAAUCAUCGACGCGCAGCGUUGGAUCUGGACUUGCCGGGAAGCGGCAAGAGGUGGGCAUUUGCACAGAAGCUGCUGAGCAUCGCCAAGGGAAUGGAAUCAGGCAGCGCAGAGGCAAAAGAGGAGCUCGUUAGGAUCAUUAGGGAGAACGCGGAGCCUGAAGAGAAUGAGAGCAGAGUGAUUGCGGAUGGCGCGAAUCGUGGGCAAGGAGAGGAGACGCCUGAUGAGCGACGUCCUGCCGCUUCUCGCGACCGCAAUCCCAAUGCUCUCUCUAGUCAGACGACGGCUAGUAGUACGCCACUACGACUGGACAGCGCUCAGAAGGACGGUACUUCCGUGAGUAGCCUUGCACCCACAGGAGGGGCGUCCACUCACGAGUCACAUUAUCCUCGGACGUGCGUGUGCGUGCGGGGGGGGACAGCGCGCUGAUCAUCCCUUUUCUCCCCUCCUACUCCUCCUCAUGCACUGCUCAAGACUCCCGCCGAGCUGGCGCUUCCUAGCGCGGCGGAUCUGCGCGAACAAGCAGAAAGACAGCUUUCGGAUGUGACGGUUAGGGGACCGAGGAGGUUGGAAGGCGUAUGGAGGGAUUGGGGCCAGAAUUUUGGUCCGAUCUUGGAGAAGCUGGACAGCGAGGAACGAAGGCUUAGGGAGCUGGAGAGGGGAAGCGGCAGGUGA